AUGACACAAGACGUUAACGAUAUUGUAAAAGCUCUAACACAUUCUACUUUUUUAGAAUUGUCUGAAGAUAAACUGAAGGUUAAAAGGAAAACACCUAUGUUACCAUAUGAUGCUGAUGCAAGGACUGUUUAUGUUGAAUCCAUACCUGUGAAGGCAACUCAAGAAUGGUUGGAAAGAGUUUUUUCUGACUAUGGACGAGUUGCAUACAUUUCUUUGCCAAAAUUUAAAAACUCACAAAAGUUAAAGGGUUUUGGCUUCAUAGAAUUUGAAAAACCUCAAGAAGCACAAAAAUGCAUUAAUGCUUUUUCCAAAAUGGGCUGUAAAUUGCCAACCUGUAUGCCUCCUGAAGAACUUUCUUCUAUAAAAAUGUUCUCCAUAGAAGAUCAGCCGGAAGAACCAAAUGAGAGUAAGGAUGACAGUGAGCCACCAAAGAAAAAGAGCAAAAAGGCCAAGGACAAAAAGAAAAAUCUUGAAUUAAAACUUGAUCAUGAUUCCGAUUCAGAAAGGAGAGUGGAAACACCUAUAGAAGAAAAUAAAAGUAUUGUAACACCAACUGAGGAAGGCAAAACAACAGAUGCUGAAUCAAAAGACGAAAUGACAAGUCAAGAUGAAUCAAAGAAUGAACAGGAGCCAAGACGGAAGAAGAAGGCAAAAAAGCGUAAGAAGAAGAAUGGCUCAAAGGACAAGAAUAAGCUGCCUAAGUCUGAGGUUCAAAACGGUGGGUUAUGGGGCUUGCAAGUGCUUCCAAAGAAUGAAUGGAAGGCAUUGAGAAAUAAAUAUCUGAAUUUGCAAAGGAAAAAUUUGAAGGAGUUCAAAGCUAGACUGCACAAUAAAAAAAAUGUGUACUCGGCUAUUCCAGCUGCUGCAGCACCAACUUUGGAGGCUGAAUCAGGAAUAAAAGCUCAAGAAAUGGAGAGCAGCAAAAUUGUAAUACCACUGGACCGAAUACCAGGUGUCUUUGUUGAGGAAGUCUUGCCUGAACCUUGUCUAGACUUUGGCGCGCACCGUAACUUCCCAGCCCACACACCCGCACAAACGUUUCGACGACUAAGCGAGCGCUACGUCGAGCGCUACGUGUGCGCCCACCCUAAUGUCCUCGGUCGACGCUGGUCGUCUUUGGCGCGCACCGUCAACUUCCCAGCCCACACACCCGCACAUACGCUUCGACGACUAAGCGAGCGCUACGUGUGCGCCCACCCUAAUGUCCUCGGUCGACGCUGGUCGUCUUUGGCGCGCACCGUCAACUUCCCAGCCCACACACCCGCACAUAUGCUUCGACGACUAAGCAAGCGCUACGUUUGCGCCCACCCUAAUGUCCUCGGUCGACUU